AUGCCCUGUUUGAUAGUCUUGAAUGUAAACCAAUCAAAUUUUUCAAUUGUUAAUUACACUGGAAAUCAAUUAAUUUUGAACGAUGAGAGACUACAGUAUUUUGCGUGUCAAGAAUGUUCAAAUAAAGUCGUUGUGUUGCACAAUAGCAAACUCUACAACAACAAAUUCUUUUUAGAUGUUCAGAAAUACACAAAUUUCAAUGUCGUGCAAAUUGAUAUGCCACAAAUUGUGGUAUUCGAGAAGAAUACUGAGGUACUUUUUGAAGCUAAAAUGGGAAGUUUGGCAUACACGCCACUGUUUAUAAGUAUUUUGAAGUUAGAGAAUGAUGUUAUACUUCGAAAUUACAGUUACGAAAUAUUUGAUUUUAAAGUUACAAAUACAGAUGUGGUGGUGUUAUUGGGACAUGUCGGGAAUGCAACAUUCAGUGGAAUGACAUGUAAGAAAGUGGUAAUGGGUAAUGUCAAGUUGAUCAAUUGUAUCAAUUGUAAUAUUGAAAUGCUCGAAGCAAAAAAAAUAUUGAAAACUCACUUACAAAAGGUCUAA